AUGGAUCCAGUUUCGGCCGCCGCAAGCAUCCUGUCGGUGGUCAAGGCGGCCUCAACCGCAGUGAAAGGUGCAGAAGCAUUUUGGCAUGCCCCUCAUGAACUCUGGGAGUUGAACGACGAAUUGGAGCAGAUCACCGGUCUUGCGACCUUCCUGAAGUGGGCAACUGCACAACAUGAGUUUGAGAAUACAGACGUUACAUCCGGACUAGCAAAGACCCAACAGGCUCUUGAAUCUGCGAAAGUGGUAGUUGAUACGAAAUUCAGGAAGUCUCCCAGCGUUGCUGGGCUAGCCUCAGACAAAUUUGGCCGAAGGAAAUGGCUGAGGCACCACGGAAGCGUGAAGCGGCUCAAGCAUGAUUUGAUUGUUUCCAAGCGAGAUCUUGCCACCACGGUCGAUAUUUUGAGCAUUCUCACAACCGACAGAACCCUUCUCUUGAAGCACCAAACUCGGUUUCGCGAGAUCUUUGAUAUAACUCAAGCGUCUGCCAGAGCCAGCACUUGCACCAGUUGCGGCGUCCAUGCCUCGCUCUGCUCUUCCUGUCAGCCGCAAAACCAGCCUUACUUUGUUCAAUUUAAAAGCAUUGUGACCAAUGUCGAAAUGACCAGAAUCAAACAAAUGGCCAUCAAUGGCCAAGGCAAUGACGAUGUCGCCAUCACAUCGCGCGAGUCAAGCCAGCAACUGUCCCGUCUGGCGCAAGAGCUCGAGAACCUGCGCAGCACCAUGGUACAAAACCAACAGACCUCAAUGGAAGCUGUAAAUGACAUUGCGGAGGAGCUGCGUCAGCAGCAGAACAAAUGCAAUGGGUUACUCCUUCGACUGAUGGAAUUUCAGGGGUCGUUGCGGCACCAACCGACGUCCAGCACCAGGAAUGAUGCCUUGACGAGCGGGCCAGCCAACAAUGUCGUCAAAGUCAAUGACAAUCCGGAAGAUACGGACCUUCCUCCGCAUGUCCAGGUCUUACAGACCGUCCUUGAGACAACUCAGCUGUACUCAGCAGAGCUAUCAGAGAUGCUCAGCGAGAAGUUCUACACGCCAUGCGCGAGUAUUGCCGACUUCCGGUUCGAGAUGUCCGAGAGCUUCUUUCCAGAGCAGUAUGUCCCGGAAGGUCCAUUUGAUGAGAGAAUUGCCGUACUGUCAAUGAUGGAACAAUACCGAGCUGUCUCGGUCAAAGUCGACAAAUUCUUCCUUCUUUACGCGGAGACUCCUCGUCGGUGGCGACGUGUCACCGUCCUGGCUACCACCAUAGUCAGCCCUACGAUCUCCACUGCCUUCGACGUUCGUGCAGGGUCCUCACUUGAUCAUUCCUGCAAGACGCUGCCUCAAUCCAUCCACAAACCUCUCGAAGCUCUACUAGCAACGACUCAGCUGUUCAACUCGGUGACAAACGUGGCGAUGCAGCUAGAGGUAUCGCCCCUGCAAGAAAUCACUUUUGACAAGUCGAGAUGUCUAGUCAGUGAGGAUCUGAAGGAGGCUGAAGCGUGCGAAACUUCUCUUUACCUCACUGAUAUUGAGCAUAUUGGAUGCCCGCAGUUUCUGGAAAGCGAGAUCGUGGUAUACUGGCGGAUAUCCUCCUCUUCCUACAUUGUACUCGCAGAAGCCCAGGUCUGCAUUGAGAGGAUUGUCCCGUUUGCAGAUUCUAACGAAGGCACCAACCAUGUUUCAGAAUUCAUGAAAGACCUUUGGACACUGUUCGAGCUGAAAGAUUGUAGAGGCGUGGCGAGCCUCGUUGUCAUUGUGGUCGAUGAUACCCGUCGCCAGAUCAAGAGUUACCUGCAAAUAUGUCCUGAGCUUGGGUCCGUCCAGCAGAUACUGGAACGAGCUUCUCUCUCUCAACAGGUCAUUCCUUGGUCUCGACGGGAGAAGUGGAUUCGGCAUAUCAUCGCUGCCGUGGCAGAAGUCCACAGCAAAGGCAAGGUUGUAGGUUGCAUCGAAGUUGGAGCCACUGGAGUGAGUACCGAUGACAGCACAUUCUUCACGAAAAUCGCAGGUUCUGGCAAUCAUUGGCCAAACAGACGUGGGUACCUUCCCCCAGAAUUGCGUCGCGAGACUGCUUAUGGCGCUCUCUCGCACAACAAAACACUCACCUUCCAAUCCGACAUCUUCCAGCUCGGUCUCGUCAUAUGGUUAAUUGCCAAACACUCAUCUACAGUCUGUGGGAUUUUCUGUCGCGUGAACGAUUGCGCAACGGUGCCACAUUAUGGCUGCUCCGCCGCGCACAGCAACCCUGUCGAUUUGCCGCGAUGUGGUCCAGAUUUGCCAGCGUGGGUGGACGAGGUUGUGACGGCGUGUCGGGCUGCAGAUCCUGCACGACGGCCUCCUGCAGCACGAUUGAUCAGGACGUUACCUCCAGACAUCCAACCGCGACAGGAUGAUAACGCCAAACCGCUGCCAGCUAAUCAAGUCGCCGAGUCUCUGCGAGACCGAUACUCGUUCUCUGUCAACUGUGAUGAGUGCGGAAUGUUGUGUACCGACCUGCACUACCAUUGCUCAAUCUGCAAUUUAGCAGACUUUGAUAUCUGCUCGCAAUGCUUUUUGCAAGGGAUCAGGUGCUUUGAUGACAAGCAUGACAUGAUUCGACGCGUUUCCAGGAAUGCCCUGCACAACUGCGCCGACAAAUCCGCCAGCAUGGCGUCGACAACAGACACUCAGGUCGAGGCUGAGGCUUUGCAGAAGAAACUCCGCUCUGCAUUGUGGUUCCAGAUUGGCAAGAUCGUCGACGAAGAGAGCAUCAACCUUGGUGUCAAUGCAACUCCGCAGUUCAUUGGUAGUCUGAUGGAAUUGGUCUGGGCACAGAUUGGUAAUGCUGCUAUCGACCUUGAGUCGUUCGCGAAACAUGCCGGCCGGAGCAAGGUACAGACGGACGAUGUCAUGCUGUUGACACGGAGAAAUGAGGGGUUGGAAAUGAUCCUUAAGGAAGAGCUGGGGAAGCUGGAACAGGCGAAGAAGAAGGAGACAAAGAAGAAGUGA